AUGGCACUCCAAUAUACCGCAGAGUUCCUUGUUCAUCUGCGCGAAUCACCACUAUGCGUCAAGCCGCCUAACCUGCCACCCGCAGAGGAUUGGAUGGGACCGCCUCCCGACAACACUCGCACCCAGAACAACAACACAAAGACCACCGACAACCGAAGAAGCCACGACAACCCCCUCCUCGACCAGACGAAUCGCCGCCCGGCCACUGACCGACACGCCCCGCGAAACAGCGCAAACCCAGACGAGAUCAUCCUUGGCCCCCCGCGAACUGCCUUUGCUUCGGCAACCCUGCGCAACAACGGUGGCAAGCCCUUUGAGAACGACAAAGACCUCAAGAACGCCGAUUCCCCAGGCCGCUUCAAUUUCCGCAACCGUAAUGGUGAUACCCCCGAGCCUGAGCGAUUCCGCGACUCGAGAAACAGCAAUUUCCGUCGUCGUGGCGACAAUGACCAGGACAAUGAGGGAUGGAGCACGGUGAAGCCCCGCAAGAGCUUCGGACAUGAGGGCGCUGAGCGCUUCCAUGGUCGCAUGGGUGCCGGUGGUGGCGAUAGGCUCCCCAACGACAGGCGAACCCGUGACCGCGAUGCUGAAGGCAACAGAGAGCGACCCCAGCGCAACCUUGACCACCAUGAAAAGGACAAGGACCACGACGAGGCUGAACCCCGACCCCGAAAUGGCCUUAGCAGGGGCAAGUCGGAGCCCUGGUUCAAGAAUGAUACCCCCGCUGCCAGUGAAAAGCCUCCCAUGACGGCUCGCGAGCGCAUCGACCGCGCCAAGAGCUGGAGAGAUCGGGACAGGGAUUCUGCGCCGCCUGAGGAGAAGCCCAGCGGCCGUAACUAUGAGCGUCGCUGGGACCGUGGUGAUCAUCGGGCCGAGCGCGAGCCUGAAUGGUUCGACGAACCGGCUGGAGAGAAGGCUGGAGGCCAUACCGAGGAGGACUUCAAGAAGUUCAUGGAGAGCAUGAAGGCAAGCCGUAAAGCCCCGGCUGAGGACAAGGCACCAGCUCUCGCUGAAGCUGCAAUCAAGGCCGAGCAACCAGCUGUCGCAUCGGCCCCUGCCGUCGAAAUUGGCCCCGAUCAAUUCUUCCUCAAGUUCGCUUCGACCGCUGGACUUGACGUUGCUGGCUCCCCGAGUGAGCCUAAGAAGGAAGCUCCUGCCGCCAAGCCCAAGACUGGAGGCGGUAAAUCUUCUCGCUUCACGUCCUUCUUCAACGCUCCUCAGGAAGACCCCAACCGCAAGCUUCACACUGAGCCACCAACUCCGAUGGCCGGCCUGCCAAUUGGCGGCCCCAGCAUGCCUGGUCAAGCCCACGACGGAGAGAAGGAAGCUUUCCAGGCACUGCUCAUGAAGCUGCAGCGGUCCAACAUUCAGUCCACGCCUCCUGCCCAACAGCCUUUCCAGGAGCCUCCCUCGCUUUCCCGCGAGCAGACUCAUUCCAGCGCUGUUGCGUCUCCUGAGCCCUUCCAGCAAUAUGGUGGAGAACGUCCUCCAAACGUUCGUCCUCCUAUGCCUCAAGGCUCCAUGUCCAUGUCGGAUAUCCUUGCUCCCCGCCCCAUGAUGCCCGGCCAGCAGCCUGCUGCGCGCCAGGACCAAUUGCUGCAGGAACUUGUCGGACAGCGUCACCAGGCGUCUAGCUCAGGAUCUGGCAGAAUGGAGCCGAACCAAGGCCGCAACCUCAGUAACACUGAGUUCUUGAUGAACCUGAUGAGAGCUCAGCCCGAGCCUCCUCGCACCGAGCAGCAACUUCUCAUGCGCAUGCCGCAACCUCAGCGUGCUGCUCAGAUCCCCCACGCUCAAGAGCGUGAGCCCGAUUUUAUUCAGGGCGGCCGUGGCUCUCAACGCCAGAUGCGUGGCCAAGCUCCCCCCGGCUUCAUGGAUGAUGGCUUCCAUCACCCCGAGCCCGAGGCCCGCAUGCAGCCUACGCAAAUCCUCCAGCGCCCUCCCCCGCCUCCUGGCCUUGACCAGAUGAACCCCAACUGGAUGCAAGGUGGCGGACCUGGACCUAUCCCCCCUCCCCAACAGCGAUCCAUGAUUCCCCCUCCCGGCCUUGCUGGUGGCCCGGGUCGCAACCACCCCAUGGGCGGCAUGUUCCCGCCCAACUUCCCUCCUGGAGCUUUCCCACCCGACGGAAUGGGUGGUCCUCCUUCUCGCAACAUGCCGCCUCCUCCGGGCUUCUUUGGCGGCCCUCCUCCCGGAUUCAUUCCACCUCCUGGCAUGCCUGGCUUCCCUGGACCCCCGGGACCUGAGGCGCAUGGCUUUCCCUUCGACGGACGUAUGCCUCCUCCGGGCGCCGCGCAGGCGUUCCGCAGGCAGUAA